AUGACGACCGAGGAACCGCAGCAGGUGGUGGUCGACCUGAGUUUCCGCGAAAUCCGACAGCAUUUGGAGGCGGCGCACCAGCGGGUUGAAUGGGCCGAGAGACAAAAACUUACUCUGCUCAACCAUUUCAAGGCGUUGCUGCAGGAAAGCCAGCCGCAUUUGGAUGCGAACCGGGUCGCGCAGUUGGAGGGCUUCAUCGGACAGAUGGACGCCGGGCCGCUAGCGCCAGUGCCUGGACUAAACCAACAAAAUCUCCCACCUGCGGCCGGCCGUCGCCCGCACGAUUCG